AUGGAUUUCGUUCUAGCCUAUCUCGAUCAGUCUUGCUUCGACAGGUUAUACGAUUCUAGCCGUGAUAUGCUCACGCAGUCCAUUUGCCUACAAGAAAGCUCAAUCGGGAUUUGUGCUACCUUAACAGACCCCAGCACCUGGCGCCGAGAGAGCCCGCAUCGCCAGGCGCUGAGUAUAUUUCUAGUCUUAUGGCUAUCCAGCUCGCUGUUUCUUCUGAUGUUCGGUAGCCUAUGCUAUCUAUGUAACUUUGACAAAUCUUUGAAGAGGCACCCACGAUACUAUAGGAACCAAAUCUGGAAAAAGGCUCGGCAGUCUUUGGCAACAAUCUUUUUGUCCGGUGCUCUCACUGUGCCGGUACUCCUUGCCCAAGUACGUGGCUAUGCAAAGCUCUAUGACAUCGGUGAUGGCACGGUUAGUACGAUUUAUGAGCUUGCCCAAAUCCCACUAUUCUUCUUCUUCAACGAUACAUGCAUGUACUGGCUUCAUCGAGCAUUUCAUCAACCGUUCCUGUUCAACGCAAUGCACAAGAAGCAUCAUCUUUUUAUUAUUCCGACGCCCUUUUCUGCCUAUGCUUUCGAUCCACUGGAAGCUUGGAUUAUAAGCCUUCUCACCUAUGCAUACAGCUUUCUCUGGCCUAUGUCGCGCCAUGUUCAACUGUUCAUUUUUGUUUGCGCUAACGUGUGGAGUUUCCUUUAUCACGACAGUCGCGAGCAGUUUCAUACAGUACACCAUAGGAAUACUCAACGUAACUUUGGCCAGUAUCUUAGCACCUGGGACCAAAUUGCAGGCACAUACGGCGAUCAUAAGCGGUAUCGCAGGGGUGGAGCGAAUGCGAGGCUCUCUUCAAAAUAG